CGCGCCCGCAUCCUGAACUGAUACUUCAACCUCUCGUUCAUACCCUCCAGAACAUACCCUCCAGAAUGUUGUUGACAAGCCCCACUGUGAUGAGUCCCACGAACGGGUCGUUUAGCGGGUCCCUGGAGGACACGUUCGUUGCAGAUCCCCGGAGAAGAGGGAGUUAUGAAGAGGGUGGCACGGAUAGGUCAACCUACCCACUCCGCCUCUGGGACUGCCUACACGAGGACGUGAAAGACCAAGAAGCUUACAUUCGCGAAUCCGGAGACGGCAAGGUCCCGCACUACGUCGUCGUCUCCCAGGUGUGGGGCGAGAUCCGGGAGCACCUUUCCUUCCCGAGCGUCAGCUGGCCUGUGCCCAUCUCAAAUCGGGACAAGUGGGAAGCAAUCGUCGGGUUCUGCAAGGAGAAUAACGUGCGCUGGUUAUGGAUGGACAUCCUCUGCAUCGACCAGAGCGACAACGAAGAGGCAAAACUCGAGAAGGCGCGCGAGAUCCCGAACAUGAGCUUCUACUACAGCAACGCGUUCGCGUGCCUCGUCGUUCCCACCGACUGGGAGCGGUUUGCGGAGGCACACCGGAAGCUUAUGGACAUUGACGAGAGCAUCAUCCAACGACCGGGGGCGAAGAGCGAGGCGGAUAUACGCACGCUGUGGGAGGGCAUCCCGCUUAUCAGCGAGGUGGUGACGAAUGCGUGGUUUGAGCGCGUAUGGACGUACCAGGAGCUGAUGCUCGGCGAGCGACACGUUCUCCUCGAUGGACAGGAGCUACACGUUGACAGGCUCUCCGCAAUCGUACGCUUUUAUCUCUGGGUCCUCCGCCGGAAACAGCUGCGCCGUCCUGAGGGGUGCCCCGAAUACGAUUUUGUGAAGCCCGACGACGAACUCGUCGUGUAUCAUAACUGGGAGGGCCACGACAAGGGGUGGCAGAUGAAGCGCGAGAUAAGGGAGAGGGGACAUGCGAACAUUCUUAUGCUGGUGGUGUAUAACUCAGAGAAGCUCUCCACUCACGCUAUCGACCGCAUCUUUGGACUGUACGGGAUGCUCGCGGAGGAGGACAAGGUCGACAUCGACCCCGCCUCGCUCACUCAGGGCUCGUCUUCCUCGACACCAGGUGGCGGCGUGCAGGAGACGAAGGCACUGCGCUUCCUCUGGCGGCAGGUCAUCGACAAGGCCAUCAAGGCUGGCAGGAUGUGGCCACUCCUCAACGACGUGAUGACCGACGCCGACCGGCCUGGGCGCAACUGGAUGCCCGUCGUGACGACAUCGGGGCACUGGUACGGCAUGGACUCGGGCCUGCACCUCGAGACCCUCUCCUCCUCUCACCCACCGCACAACACCUACCCCGUCUUCAUCUCCCCCACAGGCCUCGACCUCGCCGUGCGCUUCGUCGGGCGCAUCACACACACCAGCAAGGCCAUCGGCGCAGGCGGCGGCGAGAUGGCGGGCUGCGUCAUGUACAUCUACGCGUUCGGGCGGAUGGGGCACGACACGGCGCCCGCGGUGCGCCAGCUCACGGACGCGCUGGGCCGCGCGCCUGAGCUCGCGCAGGCGUCGGCGGGGGACGUUGCGAAGCUGCAGGAUGCGAUGCGCGCGGCGUUCGGGCAGCCGACGAUGGAGGAGUGUCUGUACGUGUUCAGCGCGGCUGGGCUGAUGCAGCUCGUUACGUAUGGCGGGAUGGGCUCGGGCGGGAUCUCGACGUGGAACCACCGUGUGGUGGUUGUGCAGCCUGCGGGCGGGGAGAGGGGCGUUGUGACGAUCGCGUGGGUGCACCAUAGUAAGAGCCCGGGGGCGGGGUGCUAUGUGAUGGAUGUUACGUCUGGCGCGGUGGAGCAUGUCACGCGGUGGGUCAUUGCGAACGAGGUUUCGCCACAGGUUUUCAGCAAGAUUGGGACGGCCGAGACUACGCAGUUGAUCAACGUUGCGGACGAGCCUAUUUAUGUUACUUUAGACUGAGGGUUGGACGUCGGACUUUGCAUCGCCGAGCGUAUAACAGUAAUGUAUUGACCUCGCUCUGUAAGUUAUAUGUAGAAUACUGUACAAAUCC